UACAAAACGCGAUAAGUACAGGAGGGAGAUGGCAGUAUAACCCGUGGUGGUUGCGAGUGCAUAUAAGUCGUGAUUACGAGGGAGUAUCUGCCAUUUUGACUGGACAACUGAAACAAACGGAUCAAUUGCAUCGAAAAGAAAGAAAGCUGAUGUUAGAAGAGGAAUGGCGCCCAAAUGCAGCUCAUGCCGGGGGCUCUACGACUCCUGCAAGCGACUGCCUCUUCUGCUUCCGAACUGCGGCCACACCUGCUGCAAGGCGUGUCUGGAGCGCCUUGUCCAGCACCGCGGUUACCUGUGCUCCGUCUGCAGGAUGAAGCAAGGAGUCUACAGCAUAGACGAUCUCCACGUGAACCAUUCCCUGCUGGAGAUGAUUCUCUCAGUGGGCGAGGAAAAGCGGGCGACCCCGAGCGGAGACGAAGGGACUUGCGCGCGGCACCCCGGCGUGCGUCUGGCCUUCUGGUGCUCCACGUGCCUCUGCGCCCUGUGUGGGGAGUGUGUGGUGGAGUUGCAUCCUCGGCCGGGACAUCUGGUCGACCGGUUUCAAGAGAUCAUGGCGGAGAGGAAACGCCAUGUGCAGACGGCCCUGCAGACAGUCAUUGACGACCUCGAGAACGCGACGAAGGACUGCCGGAAGGAAGGAGAGGACAAUGGCGCUCACAACAAUGCGCUCGAGGAACUGUCCCAGACGAUCAUGGAAAGCGCGCUGAUGUUAGUGCUGGGCGCAACCAUUCUCGAGAGCCAGAGAAUCGACAGCAAAAACGAGGAAAAAAAGUUCAAGAAGCUUGAAGAAGUUGCCUGUAAAAUGCUCUUUGACAUCCCUCAAGUGACCUCGGCGUGGGAUGGCAUUACGGCUCUUCAGUCGUAUGCAAAGAAAGUCGAUGAUUUCAAGAUUCACGUAUUUAAGAGCAUUAACGCUAAAUAUAAGCACAUAAAUCUCAACUAUGAUGAUUCCAAAGCAACUGCGAAAGCCGUGGCAGCGAAGUGCAACGAUCUCAUGAAGCAGAUCUCGUCGCAAUGGCCUGACCGCUACUUGACACUCAAGAAAACGGGAAGCUUGCGAGUAAAACUUGAGUAUGCAGAGUCGCGGCUUCACAUUCACUGUCCAAGAAAGGCUUCGCAAGAGGAGACGAUGAUGCAGAUGCAGCACUGGAGCCUCCUGCAGAGCCUCACAACCCAAGCAGAGGUCCUCGUCUUCCUCGACCUGUGCGACGGCGCGCUCGGAGACACGAAGAGAGUGUACAUCAACAUCGCAUCACACCAGAGCCACAGUCAACACCUCCUGCGCCUCUGCGCCGGCCACAAGUCCUCCUUCCUGAACAGUCCGCUGGCGAUGAAGCGUGCGGACAACAGCAUCGUAGUCGUCCUGGCAACCCUGGAUGGAGUUGCGGUGGCCAAAGAGGAGGAAACAACACCGGAGCAGCUACAGAAAGGAGAUGUGGUAUCCAUAUCGGGAGAAACGGCACAGGUGUGUGUCGUGAUGGAGGCCAGGCCAGGGGCGACAUUAGCCUGCACUCGUUUAGGAAAGGUCACGUCAGGAUUGGAUGCCGUGAUUAAGAGUAACGGCAAUCUUGCCAAAGGAAAAGUUAGUGUCAAAGACUGUGGGCUUGCGUGGCAGAUGUAACGGCCGCAAGAGGAGCAGAAGAAACAAAGAAACGGCUGAUUCACACUACCCCAUCACGUCACAUCACGUAACCGUCCUGUCAUUUAUUCACACCCAGUCUAUAUAAGUACUUAUAUAGACCUUGUUCACACCAUUCAUCAUGUCACGUCAUCAUUCCAUGAGCAACUUCGUCCAACUCUAAAAUGAAAAAGAUGUGGGUAUAUAAAAUCCUGAGGAAAAGAAAACGGAAUUUCAAGUGUUACGAUUAAAAUUAAACUAUAUGUAAGAUAAUUAUACAUUUAGAUACUACAAUUCAGAAGAUAAUUACACAAUGCUGAAUUAACGGAACCGGCACGUCACAUCUAAAUAUUCUUGGAAAGAACCCAUGACGCGACGUGUUAGUGACGUGUUUUUUUAAUACGCUCAUUUGUUUACCUAGAAGACAUUUUAACGUGGCGGUAUAGUGUAAGUCAGCUGUAGGGAGAGUUGAUAAAAUGCUGGGAAAAUUCCCCGAUGACCAUUUUAUGCUAUUAUUUCAUUAUGAUAACUUGUUUUUCAUGUAUUGAUUACUUCAUAAACAAUUAUUUUAUCGUAAAAAGAGAAAUUUACAUAUUUCAUGCGUCGCUAGACUCAAGAUUAUAUAAUACAUAAGUCCCAUUUUUGCCAGCAAGUUAUUUCAAGAUAUUUUGAAAAAUCUUAUAACUUUUUGUUCAUUCCUGUUUUUAACGGAACUUCUUGGUCAGAUAUCUUGGUCUAAUCAAAACAAAUAUGUAAAUCUUUCUUUAGCGGAAGCUGCAACAGUUCCAUAAAGUCACAAUAGUAAAACCGCCAAUAAGGCCAACAGAUGGGAGGAUUUCUAUGAAAAUGCCCAAUUAAAUCACUUAUGCUGCCAAUGGAUAAGAUAAACUACCAAGCUGCGGGCAUUAACUGGAUAUUAUUAAUAGCUUUAUUAUUCCCUAGAAGAUAAGUACUAGGUAUUCAUAAUUGUAUUAUGUCCGUCUUGGGUAUGGUCGACGAACAUUUAAGUAUUUUUACCUUUAUUUAACUUGUUCCCCUAAAAUGUGUGGACUUUUUUCAUUUAGUUAUUUACGAGCUUUUGUGUUACAUAAUAUGCUCAUGUUUUUUUAAUGAUUUAUUUCUUUGUCAGAUAAUCCAAGUUGAAGAAAGUUUACCCAAAUGCACUCGAAUUAAUAACAGCGUCCUUUUGUUUUUUCCACGGUUACACUUGUCACCCACUACAAACGGGAACCAUCAC